GUCGCGCGUACGUCGGUUCCGGGCUUAAAAACUAUUCAAAGACCACACAGAUACAAUCCGGUAUUGACGAAGAUAAAAGGGACGCAUAUAGGGCUACUGAGCCCUUAACGUUUACAUCACCAAGAAACUUUGAAUGAUUGAAGCGGAGCGUCAAACAUUCAUCCAGAAACGAUGCACGCUUGUUCACUUGCCACUGUGUGGAUUUUUACUCUAGUCUUCCAGACAGUGUCUGUCCAAGCAGUUCCAAGUUUUCAAAAGGUGGAUCACAAUGCACCAAGAACUCUCAGUCUGAAGGAGUCGAUGUAUUUGCUAGAUCGAUACGGUUAUGUAAAUCCGGGAGGCAGUCCACAGACCGGGAACAAAGAUCCUAAGAAUCCAGCAGUUAUAGAUGUCCAUGUCGAUGACUCGGCCCUUACAAUGCCUCCACCUGAGUACACUCUGGCAGUCCGACGAUUCCAAAGGCAGUACAGUCUACCAGUCACUGGACAAAUGGAUGAAGCCACUAGUCGAUUGCUUACAGCACCCAGAUGCGGUAAUCCAGACGACGUGAAGGACGCUGUUCAGGGCGAGGUCGAGGAAUCUCAGACGUCGUCGAGAGUGUUCACUGUUUCUGGAGGCCUGAGAAGUGUUGGUCGCGUACUGCGCCGUAUAAAACGAUAUUUGAUCGGUGAUGAGAAGAUGAAAUGGGCAAAGAAGAAACUAACGUGGCAAAUUCGAAGCUACCCGUCCAGAUAUCUUAGUCGUGCUCGGACGUACGGUGUGUUUCAACACACUUUCAACCUCUGGUCCAAAGUGAUCGAUCUGGACUUUGUGGAAGAGAAGGACUACUACAAGGAGGCGGAUAUUGUCAUCCAAUUCGGAGCCGGAAAGCAUGGUGACUCGAUACCGUUCGAUGGAGAAGGUGGCGUUCUGGCGCAUGCCUUCUACCCCACUCCGAACAACGUGUAUUCGUUUGCCGGUGACGCUCACUUCGAUGACGAUGAAACUUGGAAUGAUGGGCCGCACAAUGAAUACCGCAAUUUGGUCUCUGUUGCCGCGCACGAGCUGGGACAUAGCAUGGGUCUGGGUCACUCGACAGUACCAACUGCCAUCAUGUAUCCCUAUUAUAUCGGUACAUGGGAUCGUGUCAAACUGGACGAGGACGAUAUUGUGGGAAUGCAACAAAUUUACGGUGCUGCCAAACCUGGGAAGUUUAUUCCUCCGGAGCCGGAACUUCCGGAUGUGCCCCCUCCACCUCCCCUGACGCCGCCGACAACAGAGAAACGCAAACUCGUGGACUUUUGCAACACCAGUAUCGAUGUGAUCAUUAAAAUUCGAAAUCUGGAGUUGUAUAUUUUUAAAGGCCCGUUGCAAUGGCGUGUAACUUGGUCAAAGACUGUAAGCACUUGGGUUUCCUACGAAUUUCGUGAUGGGCCAACCAGUAUAACCUAUUAUUGGCCCGCUUUGCCCAAAUACGUCGAUUAUAUCGACGCCGGAGUCGAGCGAGAGGAUGCCGCAAUCUACAUGUUCAGGGGCCGGCGCUUCUGGUUGUUGGCUGACAACGUCAGGAGAAAAACGGACUUUCCCCUUCAUGGUCUACCGUUAACGCAGCUCGGUUUGCCAGAAACGGUUACAAAAAUCGACACGGCUUUCCAGUGGGACGUGAACAAGAAGAUCUAUCUUUUUGCCGGUCGGUACUACUGGAAGUUGGAUGAGAAAGCCGGUCAAUUUGGGCAGGUGUAUGGAGGUCCGGACUAUCCACGUCUAAUUGAGGACACGUGGGAAGGCGUUCCGGUCCCCGUGGAUGCCGCAUUUACCGGGUUAAACGGUGAAACCAUCUUCUUCUCAGGAACACAACAUUAUGUGUUUGAUAACAUCAGAAUGAGAAUCCGACCUGGAUAUCCGAAGCCGUCCAGAUAUCCGAAGCCCUCCAACUUGGCCAUACUUGGGUGUACUUUAAAUGAUUGAAUUUCGCUACCACGUGUAAACUUACACAGACCUUAAAGUUUGUAAAUGUAUGUUUCAUUUUCGCUUUUUUAACGUUAUAUCAAUUCUGUGGACAACAUUCUGGUUGCAAGCAGUCUUCUUCUGUGGAUUGAAUGCUAGAAUUUUUUCGUGAGGUUGAAUUCAAAUGCUCUGUGCUACCGCUAUCAAACGCAUGAGAAAAAUCCAGAGAAGUCUCCUUUUUCUGGUUGUUGUUGUUACCCUUAUUUUGUGAACGGCUUCUGAAUCUGAACAGCCUCUGAAUCUUCACGCCAGUUCGCACAAGCCUUGUAUUUUAGAUCAGUAUUGAGGUAAAACAAAUCAGUUAGUUAUAAAUUUGAAGAAAUUCCCUGGUCAAAAUGUCAUUCAGA